AUGAAUGUUGAUUACCCCAUGAAUAAUAUACCGCAGGCAUCCUCGUUGUUGAGGAAGAAUAACGGGAAGCGAUUAUCGAUGGCCAGUGCUGCCCGGACGUCGUUGCUAGGGAAUUUGAACCUUAAUGGGACAUCUGGAGGAGCGAGUGGCCGGAACUCGAACAUCAUAGAUAGUAGUAGUUUGUCGAUGGGGAACACCGGUAAACGGAGAUCUUUGUUGUCGACGCCGGCGUCUAUCAACAGGCGGAGACAGAGUUCGCUCCUCCAGGCACCGAUGCUGUCGUCGCAGAUGUCAUCGCAAUCACAGCAGGCAUCGCAACAGACACAGACCCCGUUCAACCAGGACCAACGGCCGCUCAGGGAUAAGAACUACCAGACAUUGAUCCAGCAAGAGAUAUAUGAUUUUUUGUUGGCCAAUAAAUUUGAGCUUGAAAUGAACCACCCUCUCACCUUUAAGACGUUGAAACAGCCGACGCAGAAGGAUUUCGUCGUAAUAUUCCAGUUUUUGUACAACAAGAUUGAUCCGUACUACAGAUUCACGAAGUCGAUUGAAACCGAAGUGUUUUUGUUGUUGAAGAUAUUGAAUUACCCAUAUUUGGAUGGGAUCAACCGCUCACAGAUCAGUGCUGUCGGGGGACAGAAUUGGCCUAAUUUCUUGGGAAUGUUGUAUUGGCUUGUCAAACUCAAUUUAUCGGUUUUAAACUUGAAUUCUAAGGUAGAUCUCAUUAGUCCUGAUGACGAGUUUGACAAGAUCUUUAUAAACUACAUAACCCAGUCAUACAGGGCGUUCAUCGACGAGCGUGAUGAUUAUUCGGAGUACUACGAUGAAAUGAAGUCAAGAUUUGAUGAAUUGAAUAACAACAUCAUACAGGAUAUAGAAAACAUCAGUAAUGAGAAUAAUGAGUUGUUAAACCAAUAUAAUGAAUUGAACGGACAGUUAGACAUCUUGGAAAACUCCGAAAAGAAAUCAAAAGCCUUAGAAAAUGAUCUUAUUAAGUUCAAGGCAUACAUUGAGACCAUGGAAAGCAGAAAACUGAAAUGGUCGGAAAUUUUAAACAAAAUCACCCAAGAAAUUGGCAAUUGUGAGGUGGAAUUGAAUAAUAUCGAAUCUGUGAAAAGGGAUUACGAAGCGCAAAUCGGCCAACAAGGAUUAACCCCGAAUGACAUCGAUAAUUUGAAUACCGAAAGAGAUAAAUUAUCCAAAUCAAUUGAUCUAAUAAGUAAUAGCCUAGAAGAUUUGAAGGACGUGUACCAUAAUAAACAAAUCAACUUACAAAAGAAUUAUCAAAGUCUAGAAAACUUCUUGAAACAGUAUAAUAAUUUGAUUUAUAAGAUUCAAUUAAAAAAUCACAGCUACGAUUACAACUUUGAAAUCAACUUUAGAAAUAAUACAAUUAUCAAUGAAACGCCCGACUUGCUUAAACCUAAUGAAAUAAUAAACAAGAAUUUGAAGGAUGAAAAAAUUCAAUUAUUGAAUUACAAAUCUAUAAUUAACACAAACGUUCAUAAGCACCAAGAUGAGCAGAUAAAGCUUCAAGAGCAGAUAGAUUUAAUAUCCGAAUUAAUAAUGGAAAGACGAGAAGAAAUAGAAACAUUAGAAGCCAAAUUAACUGCUAAUAAAUCAACUUAUGACGAAAUAUAUGAAACAAUGAUUAAUGAUACAACCACCUACUCGAUGCAAAUUGAAAAACUAGAACGAGAAUUGCGGUCUAUCAAGAUCAAUACAAACCAAGGUUUUAUAGAGGUUGAAAAUAAGUUUCAGAAUAUCCAAAUUGAAUACGAUGAACUAUUGUAUGAGAUUCACUCUAACCGAUCAAUAUUGCAUGAUAAGAUUCAAAAGAUCAUCGAAUCUACUAUAGGUUUCAAGAUCAACAUCCAACUGAACUUAGAGGACUUGGAAAACUUAGCGUUCGAUGAGUUUGAGAAGGAGGAUAAAAAGCUAAACAAGAACUGA